AUGCGCCCAAGCAUCCUUCUCCUGGGCGCAGCAGCCCUGGGCGGUCCCGUCGUGACAGCGCAUGGCUCGUCGCAGCAGCCCAAGAAGCCCAAUAUCGUGAUCCUCAUGUCCGACGACCAGGACCUUCGGCUGGGGUCGACCGACUACCAGCACGUUUUGCAUCGAGAUGUCCACGCCAAGGGCACCGAGUUCAAGAACCACUAUGCGACCACGGCCAACUGCUGCCCGAGUCGCACGUCGUUUUUUCGGGGCCAAAUGGUUCACAAUACCAAUAUUACCCACGUCAACGCCCCGGGAGGCAACUAUGACAAGUUUGUCCUCAGUGGGCAAGACACGGACUAUUUGCCCUUUUGGCUCAAGGAUGCCGGGUACCGAGUCGAGUACAUUGGCAAGUUUUUGAAUGGUUAUAGUCAAAAGAAUUAUAACAUCACCCCAAAAGGCUGGGAUCACAUUGACGCGCUGAUUGAUCCUUAUACCUAUGUCUUCAACACGCCCAUCAUGUCGGCCAAUGGGCAAAGGCCGAUAUGGUACCAGGGCUAUCACCAGUCCGACGUUAUACGAGCCAAGGCCCUAGAUCGAAUCGAACAGCUCACUGCGCAGGAUGAGCCAUUCUUUCUCAUGCUGGCACCAUCUUCACCGCAUAUCCAGAACGACAAGUAUCAAACCAUUCCGCUUUCCCGGCAUGCGAGUGAUUUCGAGAAUGUGACUGCACCCAGGAACCCCAAUUGGAAUCCGGCAGAUGAGUACCAAUCCAUGAAAAGUAGCUGGAUCCGUAACCUCCCCUUGAUGAACUCUUCAGUACAAGACUAUGCUGAUCUAGAGUACCGCAUGCGCAUCCGUGGUCUCCAGGGCGUAGAUGAGAUCAUGGAAGACGUGAUUGCCUUGUUGGAGAAGAAGGGUGUCAUGGAGAAUACGUAUUUCAUUUAUACCACGGACAAUGGAUACCACAUUGGGACUCAUCGCAUGCCCGCCGGGAAGGCAUCAUUCUUUGCAGAAGAUACAAACCUCCCAUUUGCUGUCCCCGGUGUUCCAGAGGAUCAAUGGCCACCAAUGCUAGACGGCCGAAGUCUUGUCCAGCAAUGGAAGGAUCCGGAGGGAACCACCGGCUUGGGAGCGGGCGGUGGCAACGCAAAAGAAACUAUAAACAUAGAGUUUUGGGGCCUCUGUGUUAUCGAGGCUCCUAAUAGCGCCGAGCUGGGUGCGCCGUUUUACAACAACAGUUACAAGACGCUCCGCAUUGUCGGCGAGGACGAGUCCUGGCUCUUUUCAGUCUGGUGCACGGGCGAGACGGAGCUGUACAACACGGCCACGGAUCCGUACGAGCUCAAUAACCUGGCCUUCUAUCCGACCGAGGCCACGGAGCGACUCCUUGAUCGCCUCAACGCGUUGCUGUUGGUCGCCAAGUCGUGCGAGGGCGGCACUUGCCGUCAGCCGUGGCGCUUCCUGCAGCCGAGCAACAGCACGGUAAACGGGACCUUGGAGAUUAUGUCGCUCCAGCAAGCCAUGGAUUCCAAGUACGACGACUUUUUUCAGUCAUUUCCUCGCUUUGCCUUUAAAGAAUGUUUGCAAGUACAGUCGAUUGAAAACGAGCAGCCCUUUUGGCCCCCGCUGCCCGCGGACGGUAGUGGACUUGGGCAAGCGUACCGCGAGCGCAUCGACUACUAUACCUCGCAAGGCGAGGGCGGGACGCGGUAUCUCGACAGCGGCGCCGAGUUCGGGUCCUGGGACCAGCGUAACGCGACGCUGGCAGAAAUCGAAAAGACGUCGCGUCCCAUGACGGAUGCCGAGAUUUACGGGAACGCGACAACCACGGAGCGGAGGAGGUCGUUGGGCAUUGAGGAUCCGGCCGAUUGGAUGGCUGAGAGCGAGCUUGGUUUUCGCUUAUAA